AUGGGAAAGGUUGAGCUUAAAAAAAACGAUGCCAAAGAAAAUAAAACUGAGUUUAGUUUAGUGCGUGUCAAGGGUACCUGGAAUCGUAUUCGAGGCAAGGAGGUCAAUAACCAAAGUGCUGACUGUGUCUCUGCUGCAAAAAUCUAUGAGAGCAUCACAGAACAGGGCACCAGUUGGACAGUGGUCAGCCCCAUCGUCUUUACUUACAAGGUGACUGAGACCCGGCACUUGCUGGAUCCAAGCAACGACACCCUCCUGCUGGGCCACAUCACCGACCCGCAGCAGCUGGAAGACAUUCAAAAAUCAAACAAGCCAAUCAAACGCUUCGUGGUCGUUGACCAAGAAGUCUACAAAAUCUACGCUACCAAAAUAAUUGAAUAUUUAGAGGCCAAUAAUGUCCUGUACAAGAUCUUGUCUCUACCCACCACUGAGGAGAACAAAACCAUAAAAAUGGCCUUACAGAUCGUGGAGGAGGUCAACAACUUCUCUCUUGACCGCCGCACAGAGCCCAUCAUUGCCAUUGGUGGCGGGGUGUGCCUGGACAUAGUGGGCCUGGCGGCCUCGCUCUACAGAAGACGCACCCCCUACAUCAGGGUCCCAACCACACUGCUCUCCUACAUCGAUGCCAGCGUGGGAGCAAAGACUGGGGUUAACUUUGCAAAUUGCAAGAACAAGCUGGGCGCCUACAUUCCACCAGCCGCAGCCCUCCUUGACCUGUCCUUCCUACAAACUGUUCCACGACGACACAUCUCCAACGGGCUCGCAGAGAUGUUAAAGAUGGCCUUGAUGAAACACAGAGGCCUCUUUGAGCUUCUUGAGACACAUGGCCGCAUGCUGUUGGACACCAAAUUUCAGACUGACAACAGCUGCUUACAGGCUGCAUCACAAGUGACUCGUAUAGCCAUUGGAACCAUGCUGGAGGAGCUCGCCCCUAACCUUUGGGAGGAUGACCUGAACCGACUGGUGGACUUUGGCCACCUUGUCAGCCCAUCAUUAGAAAUGAAAGUUCUCCCAUCUCUGCUGCAUGGCGAGGCAGUGAACAUUGAUAUGUCGUACAUGGUUUACGUGUCAAAGGAGAGUGGUCUAUUGACAGAAGACGAAAAGCAACGGGUCAUCAGCUGCAUGGUGGGCCUGGAGCUGCCUGUCUGGCAUGAGGCGUGUACCAUGGAGCUUAUACAGAAGUCUCUGCAGGAAAGGCUGAAGCAUUCGGGAGGCCUGGUCAGAAUGCCUCUGCCUGUUGGUCUUGGGGAAGCGGUGAUUUCUAAUGACACAUCUUGUGAGAUCCUGCACAAAGCUUUUGUAAAAUGGCGUGAGGAGCUGAACGGCGGACCCUCUGAUAGCAACUGA